GAAGCAUAAGAGACACUAGAAAAGUGAAACUGGAACUGUUAACAGUAACUUUAACAUAUUUGGAUGUAAAUACAGUAAAUACAAAAUAUCUAAAGAAACUGGAUACUUAACUAACGUACCAAAUCUUUUCUUUUCCCCUGUUUUCCGCCAUUUAGUGAAAUGGUGGAUUUUACAAAAUGGACAGCAAGAGAAAAUUGUCUGCUGUUUAGUCUAGCAUAUUUAAGUAUUUUAGGUUGGACGACAUGUAGCCAGGAAGUAUUAACAAAUUCGUGGCUUGUGGAAAUAAGUCAGGGAGGCGAAGAGGCGGCGAAAGAUGUAGCAAAGAGAGCUGGAUUCACGUAUGUCUCACCGGUGCUAGGAUCGGAUUCCUUGUUCCAUUUUACACACAAUGCCGUAGCAAAAUCUCGAUUCAAGCGCAGUAUGGUGCACACCAGGAAACUGAAAUCACACCCAUUUGUAAAACGAGCAGUACAGCAGAGUGGAUUUGUGCGCUCAAAACGAGGCUACAAAGCUCUAACGGGCGUCGCAAUUUCCGAUCUCAAAUUGAAUAACCCAGAUAUAGCACAACUGUUAAAUGACGAGAAAGAUGUGACCCUAUUGAAAGACCCCACCGAUCCUCUCUUUGACAAGGAAUGGUUUCUGAAAAAUCGGGGUCAAUCUGGUGGUCUUCCUGGCCUUGACCUUAAUGUGGAAGAAGCUUGGGCGAUGGGCUACACAGGCAAAGGGGUUACAACAGCAAUCAUGGACGACGGAAUUGAUUACCUACACGAGGACCUGAAGAACAAUUAUAAUGCAGAAGCAAGCUAUGAUUUCAGCAGCAACGACCAUUUUCCAUAUCCAAGAUACACUGACACGUGGUUUAACAGCCACGGCACCCGCUGUGCGGGAGAGAUUGCUGCGGCACGUGACAACAACGUAUGUGGAGUGGGCGUGGCUUACAACUCAAAAGUAGCAGGCCUACGAAUGCUGGACCAACCCUUUAUGACCGACCUGAUUGAAGCUAACGCAAUGGGCCACAUGCCAAACGCAAUUGACAUAUACAGCGCAAGUUGGGGACCCACGGACGAUGGCAAAACAGUAGACGGCCCGCGGAACCUUACAAUGCGAGCAAUAGUGAAAGGUGUAAAUGAGGGACGUAAUGGCAAAGGAAAUAUCUACGUGUGGGCGAGUGGUGACGGUGGACAGGAAGACGACUGCAACUGUGAUGGCUAUGCAGCAUCCAUGUGGACCAUCUCCAUCAACGCAGCCACCAACGAUGCCUGCUAUGACGUGUCCUGCUCCUCCACCCUGGCUAGUACCUUUAGCAACGGCAAGAGUACGCUUAGGGACGCCGGAGUGGCGACCACAGACCUGUACAACAAUUGCACUACCACUCACUCAGGGACGUCUGCGGCCGCUCCAGAAGCUGCUGGCAUCUAUGCCUUAGCCAUCGAGGCAAAUCGCAACCUAACAUGGCGGGACAUGCAGCACUUGACAGUCCUCUCAUCAAAGCGGAACCGCCUUUUCGAUCCUUAUCUUAAGCACUUCUGGCAGUACAACGGUGCCGGGUUGGAAUUCAAUCACCUGUUUGGGUACGGCGUCUUGGACGCGGGGGCGAUGGUUCUAAUGGCGAAAAACUGGAAACCGCUUCCAGAACGUUUCCAUUGCACAGCUGGGUCCAUUGUGAAGAAAAUGUCAUUCGGCACCAACGAACCAAUAACUAUGACCAUUGACACUGAUGCGUGCCAAGGAUCUCCGAAUGAAGUUAACUAUCUGGAACAUCUACAGGCCUUUGUUACGGUCAAGUCCACGUACAGAGGCAAUAUUGUUGUCCAUAUGACAUCUCCAAUGAAUACCACCUCAAUGAUCCUAAGCCAGCGCCCAAAUGACGACGAGCAUAAGAACGGAUUCACCCGCUGGCCAUUCAUGACCACACACACUUGGGCUGAGGCCCCUAGAGGCCGCUGGACCCUUCGGGUGGAAAAUGUCCCCGGAAAGAACAAUGCCUACGACGAGGGUCUGUUCCGCGAGUGGACAUUGGUUCUGCACGGGACACGUGACCCUCCUUACCACCACCAGAUGGCGGACGAACAAAGCCAAGGGAAACUGUUCAAGGUCAAGAGAAUGCAUGACGCCGCCAUGAAAGAGUGAUCGGAAGAUGACCUCGACCCUGAAUUGAUGAAGAAAUUGAAUAUUGAGCUGAUAGUAUUUAUGGAAUAACACAAAUUUCUUCUCUUUAUCCAGUAGAUAUUACAAUUAUAAUAAGCGAAGCGAAGAAAAAUGUUCUAUCACACUAAUGUUAAUCGGGUUAAAGUAAGAAAUAUGUUUUACUAAUCGAAAAUUAUUGAUUCAUUUCUGAGAUUAAUGUUUGUUGAUAAACAAUUAAGCGGCAACUUUAAAUAAAACUUUUUAAUAUAAUAAUAAUGGAAAUAAAACGUGGCUAUUCUUAAACAAAGUUGGCUCAAAGUGAAAGUAGGUGAAUAAUAUCCCAAUUGUUCAGUAGUUAUAUCAUGGCAAUAAUGAACGUUCAAUGAUCAACACAAGUCAACACAAAUACGCACAAUGUCAGUCCAAAUUAUUGGACAAAGUUCUGUUCAAUCUGCAGCUAAUAUAAAGGUUGAAUUGGUUGGUGUUGAAAUGUAAUAACAAUAUAAAUCAUGCCGACCUUUAUAAAGCUGCAGAUAUUAUUUAAAUGCCACAUAUAUUAAUAUAAUAUUUCUUUAUAACAAACUGAUUAAAGCUGCGUGAUUUGUUGGCAAAGAAUGUGACUUUGUCUGAACUUUAUACAGGGUACUGUAGAAAUACGGUGAGGCUAUUUAUGCCUAACACAUUUAAUUAUUUAUGGAAGAGGUCUCGUAUUAAUGCGGGAAUGAAUCAUUAUAAAUGCAAUACGCUCUAUUGUGGAUCUUAGACCAUGUAUUUUUGUCUGUGUUAAAAAUUUACAAUAUUGAAAAAAAUGAAUAUGUCGAAGAAUUGGAGUAAAACUGAGAGUAAAGGUUGUUUACAUUUUGACAUAUUUUCUUUGAAAAUAUCAAUGUUCGAUUCACGUUUGAACGGGCCCAUUUAAGAUAAAUUUAUAGAAAAUAUGUCUCUGUUGCAUAGCGUUUUUCUUCUCAGUGUUUAAAUAGAUGUUUGCGAACUAUUUUUGUACACAUUUUUAUCUUAUAUUAUAUAUGAAGACAAUAGAAACUACAGCUACAAGCCCAUUGGUCAAACAUUUAGUUUUACUUUUAUUUUUAUUGUUAAUUAUUAUUCGCUUAACGAAAUGUUGACGUUUGCAAUAGCAGUGGGACAAAGCAUUUCAUCCAAUAACAAAAGGAAAGUUAGUAAUAUGUAUGCGUCUCUAUGGUAUAUCAAAUGAAGUAGAAUCAUAUCACACAUGACUUCUUAUUGUUUUUUUGACUCUAAAUUCAGUAUCGACUAUUUCAAUUUCGUUAAGCAUAACCUAGGUACAACAACACUUGAAGGAAUUAUAUGAAGAGGAAAAGUAAAUGUCAGUGGUUUUGUUUUCAUGUAUGCAUUUCAUUGAUUUACUUUUGCGUGUUGUUAGCAGUAGACAUCCAACUUCUUGAAUUGAAAGAAACAUUAAUAAAUUUGCAAGCACAGUGUAUUCUUUAUUUCCCUUUAACUUGUUUAAGACCAUGUUUGCAUUAUCAUCUAUGUAUCUUUUUAUCAUCGUCAAGCAUCUAGUGUGAAUGAAUGCGCAUUAAGUUUUCAUAUUUUACAUUAUCCCAUCUUGUUGUUGUUGUUACAAAAAUGGUGUAAAUACACGAGGAAAAUCAAAUAAAAAUAGCAAAAUUAA